ACGCGGCAAGUAGUGGAAGUUAUUUGACACCUUGAGCGCUUACGUGAAAGUUUUUGUGCAUUUUCAAUCCUCAUUUUCCACCCAUCCUAAUCACUUUCCUCAUCCCUGGUGCAACUAAAUGUCCCAGUAGUUAUGUUAAGUGUAUUCCAGAGAGUCAGAUUGUGGAGAUGUUUCAGUCGCGACGGUAUUUGCAUAAAUUAUCGCAAUUUCACGGUGACCCCAUUGUCUGGGGAUCAUCAGGUCAUCCAGAAGGCAUGCCGGGAGUUUGCAGAGAAGGAACUGAUGCCGGUGGCGGCAAAAAUUGACCGGGAAAUGAGAUACCCACAGGAGUUGAUUGAGAAAUUGGGGAGUCAGGGAUUGCUGUAUAUGUGUGUGGAUAGGCAAAUGGGUGGAGCAGGACUCGGUAUUCUAGCCCUUUCGCUGGCUGUGGAGGAAAUUGCGAGGGGUUGUUCAGCCACUGGAGCUGUUGUCUCCAUUCACAAUUCCCUCUUUGCCAAUCUCCUGGAUCGGAAGGGGACAGAUGGUCAGAGAAAGGCCUUUCUAGCACCCAUGAUCCAGGAUUACUCACUUGGUGCCUUUGCCCUCAGUGAAUUCAAUGCUGGAUCCGAUGUGGCUGCCCUGAGCACCACAGCCCGUCAGGAGGGUUCCAAUUGGAUCCUGAAGGGCACAAAGGCAUGGGUAACUUCGGCUAAAGAAGCCAAAGUUGCCAUUGUCUUUGCCUCAGUGGACAGAAGCCUUAAACACGCCGGAAUAGCUGCCUUUAUUGUGCCUUUGGAUACUCCUGGGGUAUCUGUGGGGAGGAACGAGGAGAAGAUGGGAAUCCGUGGGACUUCCACUUGUACCCUCGUUCUGGACAAUGUACAAGUGCCUGAAGAGAAUAUUUUGGGGGAAAUUGGGGAGGGAUUCCGAAUUGCAAUGGAACAGUUGGAUUUGGCCAGGAUUGGGAUUGCAUCGCAAGCUCUGGGUAUUGCAAGAGCAUGCCUGGACUUGUCCAUUUCCUAUGCCAGUUCGAGAAUUGCCUUUGGACAAUCCAUUAUCACAAUGCCGAUUGUUAAGUCUCGCAUCGCUGAGAUGGGAUUGCGCCUGGAAGCGGCCCAACUGUUGACUCGCCGAGCUGCCUUUGUGUAUUCCCAAUCGCGCGGGAAGACCACAAAGUUCAGCUCAAUGGCCAAACUGGCGGCCAGUGAAUGUGCCACCUUCAACUCCCACAAUUGCGUCCAGAUCCUGGGCGGAAUGGGAUACGUAAUGGACUUGCCGGCUGAGAGACUGUACCGUGAUGCUCGAAUUACUGAAAUCUACGGCGGAGUGACUGAUAUCCAGAAGCAGAUUGUGGCUGAUCAAGUGAUCAAGGAAUGUAAUUUUGAAUAGCAUUUCCAACAUUUUUUUUUCGCAUUUUCAAUAAAUUUUUAAAAGCAA